UCAACUCCCGGUUUCGAAUCGGAAGCAAUCUAUUUUUGUGCUGGUUACAGUUUUCUGAGAUAAAAUGUUCAUAAUUUUACUGUAAACAACGGUUGUUUUUUACGUACGACCCAGGUGUGAUAUAAUAGAUUGGAAAUGCUUCCGGAAACACUAGUAUUCGGACUAGCACUGCUACUUACCGGUUUAAUUCUAUUUCUACUGAUUUAUUUUGUAAUUAUCCUGUCCGAUCUGGAAUGUGACCAUCUGAAUGCUCAGCAAUGCUGUUCCAAGCUGAAUUGCUGGGUGGUGCCAAAGCUUGCGGGUAACUGCUUUGUCGCAUUCAUUCUGCUACUCAACGGAAGCUGGUUGCUGUUCCUCGCCAAUCUUCCGAUGAUGGGUUGGCUGUUUUACGACUUAUUUCAAGUACCUGCCGGUAAUAUGGGCAUCUACGAUCCAGCCGAAAUACACAACCGUGGCAUGGUGAAGAAGCAUCUGCGCGAUACGAUGAUCGGGCUAGGAUUCUACAUGAUUAUAUUUUUCGUUUACUUGUACUGUAUGAUCAUCGCGUUGCUGAAGGGAGACCCAAUCCGGCGACACGAAGAAGGUGAAUUUGUAACGGAUUUCUAGCCCAUUAUCUACGAGCUGGGUCCGACGGUCCGUAGUCUGUUUAGACUUUAGACGUUGUUCUUGUCAUUUCUGUUGCGUCAUUACGAAAACACUCGAAUAAAAAUGUGACAUAAGACUAUCAAAGGCAAGUUUCAAAAUCAACACGAUUAUCACUAUUAUAUAUUUAAACACGAUACGAGCAUUUUGUGUACGGUAGUAUGGUAUGAGAAAAGUUAAUGAACUUUACAAAUAUUGCCUUACUGCACUGUAUGAACCAGUACCAAACAAUAGCAAUUUUUGUUAGUAACACGUAACCCUCGACGAUCUAAUCCAGUAUUAUUGAAUACAAUGAAUAUCGGAUAUACUUUGAAGUUUAAAAUUAGUCACCCUAGGAGUAUGAUUAUUGAGUUCCUGACAUUAUCGAGUGUUUGUCGCUUUUGUGUUUUUCAACGAAUGAUAUUCAUUUCCAAUGUUUCUCAAAAAAAUUGAACUAUUAGGUUAGAAAUAUACGAUAUAAAUGUAAGAAAAUUGUUUGAUUCUUCAGCUACCGUUUUUAACAUAACCCCCUGUCUACAUAAUAAUUCAGUUUAGUCAUAUCUAUCGACAAUUCGAAAAAAAAGAAAUUUGUAAUAAUAUUUUUCCUGCAACAGGAGGAAGAGAAAUUUCUAGGUACCGGAUAUGAUUUAAAGUAUGUCCUGAUUUCUCAAAACUAUUCGCGUACACUGACGGUGAUCGAUUAGGGUUGGUAAUGUGAGGAAUUUAAUCGGAAUGAAGUAGAAUAGAUUUUGGAUUAAUAAAAUUAAAUGGAUGUGAUACGACACGAAGACAUUAAACAUACAUAAAUUCGCAUAAACAUAUCCUGCAAUUUUUUUAACCCAGUAAAGGGUUACAUCACCGUAGACAUAAAAAAUUGAAAUUCUGUUCCAAUAGGUGCUAUGAAGUUUUAAAAAUGAUAUACCAAAAAAUCGAAGGCGGCAAUAAUUGCUAAAUGUUCCAAUUUUUAAUUCUGCCACAAAGUUUGAGAUUUGAGCUGGCCGGAAACGUAGUGAUAACUACGCUAUUGUUAUAAGGAAUCGAGAAAGUUUAGUUUAAGGAUCUGAAAAAAAAUACGGGAGAGAGAUUUUCCGCCGUGGACCCUUUCAAUCUAUUCCCAU